AUGGUAUGGGUAGGAGCUGGUAGAGCUUUAGAANUCGAUCCAAAUCAAGCUCAAGGAAUUUGGGCUCAAGGAAUUGAAGAUGCUACUUAUGCUAGUGUUAAUCAUAAAUAUAGACUUAUAGCAUUUGGAAGAGCUAAUUCGGAAUGUGUUGUAUAUUGUGUAGAUGAAAGUACUGGAGGCUUAGAGCUAUCGCACCAGUGUGUACUAAGUAGCAAAGAUUAUCCAGGUUGUCCAGGGGCUGUAAGUCAAAUAAAAUGGACUCCUGAUGGUUGUGCAAUGGCAGUAGCUUGGGAUAGAGGUGGACUGACUUUGUGGUCUACAUUUGGGGCUCUUUUGAUGUGUUCAUUGGGCUGGGACUACGGAUUACAUGUUGAUUUAGAAAAGGAAAAUCCUCUUCACAUCACCUCAAUGGAAUUCGCCACUGAAGGAUAUGAGCUUUGGAUGGUUCGAAAGCUACGUUACGAAAAAGAAAAAUCUAACAUUAGUAACGGAAAUGAAAAUGAAAUUAAAAUGUAUGCAUAUAGUGUCGUCCAGUUAGAUUUUGUAAAAAGUGCUUUAACUACUAAUCCUUGUAUGAGUCAUAAUAGUCAUCUUUACCUUCAAGGGGACGAUAAAUUAUAUGUCAACACCGUAGAUACGUUACGAAAAUUCUUUUCAGAUCGUUCUGAUGGUAAUUUCGGGGAAAAUAAUUCUAGUAUGCUCACAGAAGGCAGACAGUGGCUUAUUAUUCCGAUCCCGUCUACAUAUUCGGCUACAAACUGGCCAAUAAGAUAUUCUGCGAUAGACCAUGACGGUCAAAACAUAGCUGUAGCUGGUCGUACUGGAUUGGCUCACUACUGUAUUGCAACGCGAAGAUGGAAAUUAUUCGGCAAUGAAACUCAGGAAAAAGAUUUCAUCAUAACAGGUGGUUUACUAUGGUGGAAAGACUACAUAGCUUUAGGAUGUUACAGUAUCAUAGAUAAUCGGGAUGAAAUUAGGUUUUAUCCCAAAGAAUGUAAAUUAGAUAAUAGGUUUGCUAAAAUAGUACGUGUUACCGCUCCAAUUCUACUUAUAAAUGGUCUUUAUGAUCAGCUGAUAACUUUCGGAUCGGAUGCUGAAGUUGCAAUUUGGUCGGUGAAUCGAUUGGACUGUGUAGGUAACGUGGAAAUUUCCAAAAUUCAAGCGAUUGAUAUAUCUGCUCUGUGUGUGCAUCCGGCUUGUGUGACCUCAGUUACGUUAACUUGUAUACGAACCGAAUCGAGUAGAAAUCAAAACACGAACUCCGAAAAUAUUGUUUUAAAUGUGAGCGGGCGCCUGCUUUUAGUACAAAGGAAAUCGCAAAAUGGAGAUAGAUAUACAUGCUCCAUGCCUACCGUCCUUGCCAGUUGUGUAGAAAAUGUUUGGGUACCCUUAAAGAGAAAAGUUGAAAAGGUUCACUUAACAGAAGCUCUUUGGCUGUUUUGUGGAUCACAUGGUAUGAGAGUUUGGUUGCCACUGUUUCCAAAAGACGGCGACAAAACUCAUACUUUCAUGUCAAAAAGGAUUAUGCUUCCUUUUAAUUUACGCAUUUAUCCCUUAGCAAUACUAUUCGAAGAUGCAAUAAUACUCGGCGGUGAAAAUGAUACCACUUUGUAUACAUCCGACUCGAAUUCUUCAUUCUCGUUACCUUUUAAUUUUUUAGGUAGAACUAGUCAGGUGUAUUUACAUCAAAUAUUACGGCAGUUAAUUAGAAGAAAUCUAGGAUUUCAUGCUUGGGAAAUUGCCCGAAGUUGCAAUAAUUUACCAUACUUUCCUCAUUCGUUAGAACUAUUGCUGCACGAGGUCCUGGAAGAGGAGGCGACCAGUAAAGAGCCAAUACCUGAUGCCCAGUUGCCAAGCGUGAUUGAAUUUAUAAUGGAAUUUCCAGUAUAUUUACAAACGGUUGUUCAGUGUGCACGUAAAACAGAAAUAGCUUUGUGGCCUUAUCUGUUUUCAGCUGCUGGCAAACCGAAAGAUCUUUUUCAAGAGUGUAUGGCCAAAAAGCAAUUGGACACUGCUGCGUCAUACUUAAUCAUACUCCAGAACUUGGAAACAUCUUCGGUCAGCAGACAGUAUGCUACUCUCCUCUUGGAUACCGCCCUUGAACAAUCGAAGUGGGAAUUGGCCAGAGAAUUAGUUCGCUUUUUGAGGGCAAUUGAUCCUAAUGAUGUAGAGUCUCCGAGAACAUCAUUUAUUUUACCAUCAAAACUGGGCUUUUCGCAGACUCCUCCAGUAAGCCCUAAUGCUGAAGAUUUAUCUUUAAUUUUGGGCAACGUUCAAGGGAGCAGAUGCCGAAGUUUCAGUACCACAGUUACGCCAAAAUUUCCCGAAAACAAACUUCCUAUCAAUACCAACAGUAAUAACCCUUCCACUGAAUCUCCUCUUUUAAAAAGUAGAAAAUCCAUAUCGUCUGCCGUUAAUAUCAAAAACGAGAACAGGGAUGGUACUGCUGAAGAGUUUUUUAUCGACGUCAUUUUACAACGUCACGCAAGAAGACUUUUGUCAUCGCAUCGUUUGUCAGAUUUAGGUUAUUUUGCUGCUCAUCUUGACUUCCACUUGGUAACGUGGUUAGCUAGAGAAAAAGACAGGGCAGCUAGAAUAGAUGAUUUUGUUAUUGCUCUUAAAAGCAUCCAUCAAGACUUCAAUUGGCCGUAUCCCACUGUUACUAAUGCACCGAGAACAAGUAUAGCAUCAGUGCAGUCAUUGCUGGACAGUCCCACAGCGCAUUUAGAUGAUAGGAUUAAAGCUUUGCACAUAGAUACAAUGUACAUAAAUCAAACAUCGAGUCGUAUUGGCGAUAGCGGUUACAUGAGUUUUCCCGGGGGUUUACCAUGCACGGGUCUUCUUACAUCGAUGAAUAAUGUCGAAAAUUAUAGUCAAGUCUCCGAAAGUGAGAUGGAUCAGCAAAGCGAAAUGACACAGGUCGAAUUAGAAGCGAGCCCUCCAGAUAGCAUUGUGAAUUCGAAAAGGGAAGAAUCAAGUAUGAGCGUGACAAGUUCUGUCUGGGGAUUUGAAAAUGAAACGGCCAAUGCUAUAAAUGAAAACUGGGAUGUUCCUCAACAAGUUUUGGAGCAACUUUCGAACUGUGGAAUAAAAGGAUCACAAAGAGCUGAAGUUCAAUUAAGAUAUCUUCUGCAGUUGUUUUUGGAAGCAAGUUGCUUAGAAUGGUCGUUAAUUAUAUCUAUACUGUUAAGAGAUGCAAUGGCUGUUAUACGAACUGUAAAUUCAGCUAGAACAUCUGAUCAAACAAUCGAGGCACUUUCCAGACUUAAACAAGGACUCCAGGUGCUAUUUAACUGGACAAAUAGGGAAUGCCUUGGUUAUAAAUCGUUCAUGUUGGCCAUACAGAGCCAGAUUUCGGUUUUGUCCAAGAUAUUGACAACGAAAAUUCAGCAACAGCAGAUUCAAGAGCAUCAACAAGCAGUUUCCGCGACAUUUAGUAAAAUAACUACAUUCAUUCCUCCAAAGGGCAGAAAAAUUAGUACAUGUACUGAUUCCAAUAGUCAAAUUGGAUCCAGAGAACUCGUAAGUAGUCAGAAGGGUAGUUUAGGGAGUAGCGAGAAACCUGACGGGCAAAAUACUCCAUCCAGUCAAAACGAGAGUGAAGACUAUAGUCCAUCUAGUUCCAUUAUACCAGAGAGUACUGGUUGCGUUGUUUCGUAAAAUGUUAAAAUUUGAUAAUUUUAUAAUAAGAAUAUGUAAAUAUGCAAGCGUCAAAAGUGAUAAGUUGAAAACGAGUCAAUUUUCAUGUUCAUAGCUAUAUUCUUUUUUUACGCAGUAUCCAUUUGAGUUUUGUUCAGUUAUAUAUUUCUUGGUAUUUAUUUUACUGAAGGCGAGGCAACAAAACAAAACAGUUGUGCCAUAUUUUUUCACACGUGCAUAUCAGUAAUAAGAAUUUUUGAUAUUUCUGUUACUCUGAUAACUAAUAAUUAAUU